AUGUCUCUUCCAUCGCGCAUCCUUCGGGCAGCCAUCUCUCGGCCAUCCCUUCUUGGCCGGCGACCAAUUGCCAACGCUGCUUCCCGUGUUUUCCUUUCCACCACUUCUGGAGGUUCCACCCUAGCUCAAUUGGCCAAGGAAAAUCCCUACAAGGAGGUGGUCCGGUUCGAACACAAGAACCGAAAAUGGAACUUGCAGCACGUCGAUUAUUACUCGGACGCAUUGGCCGUAGGACUUUUGGAGAAUGGGCUGCAACCGGGUGAUGUUGUUCUAUCUUGGUUGCCAACGCACUUUUCAGAGUCGAUGGUCUUGCAAUUUGCUUGCAGCAAAUCCGGUUUGGUCUUGUACAACUUGGACCCUGCACUGGCCACUGCGGAUCCCGAAGCCGCCAAGGAGGCCUUGUCCGCUGCUUUGGAAUUGACCAAGGCCAAUGUCUUGAUUUCCCAAGAGGCUGGAUCCGAUGUCAACUACGUCCGACUAUGCGAACAAGUCAUUCCCGAAUUGAGAAUCUUUGACUUUGCCGAGGGCAAACCAUUCGUCACACCAAGAUUCCCACACUUGCGAUUCCCAAUCCACACUGGAUUUGAUCAAGAUGACAAGUGGGGUAUGUUGCUCUUUAAGCAUAUGGUUGUCCCUUCGGAUAAUUUGGAAGAGCAUUUGGAUGGGUUCACAGUGGAUGGAUCUACACCAUUGUUGGGAGAGCUAAAGUUGGACUCCAAGGGUAUCCCUACUGGACUUGGAAAGGUCGCUACCAACGAUCAAGUUACCAAGAGCGGUGUUUUGGAAACUUACUCCAAAAUAUUGAAGAGAGAAUACCACGAAGUGGAAGGAGUUGGUGUCGUUUGGUAA